AUGCAAUCCUCAAAGACAACUCUACCCGAUUCAGACCUUGCUGACUUGAUCUCCGACAUCAAUUCUCGCUUCUUGACUGCUUCUGGACUUAGUCGUGAAUAUGCUCAAAAGCUACACGAGGCAUCUUACAACCUUCAACAUAAGAAAUCCUACUUGGAGACAAAAACUCUCUAUGAGCCUCUUGAACGACUCCGAUUCUUACCUCUGGAUAAUCAAAGCUGUCAGGAUCCACCUCUUUCCCCUCAAGCUGCUGAUCUUCAAAGAGAAAUCGCCACUCAUGUCGAUCGUAUCAUCAGUAUCCUAGAAGUACGGCGGCUUCAGCUUCCAAACAGGAACAAAAACAAGAAAGAGCAAGGGAAAGAGGAAGACAGAACAAAAGGCAGCGCCAGCACCAGCCUCAACAAUAGCUUUAACCUCAGCCUUCGAUCAAACUCUAUCCCAUUACCCAACAGCGAUCAGCUUUCUGGAGACUCUACUGAUAUCGUGACACCAUCCGAAAAUGAUGCUACCGGAACAUUCUCUUCAUCCUUAUUGGACCUAUUAGUUCAAAGAGAACUUCGAGUACAAAAGGGAUACAGCACAGAUAUGAUGGAUAUGGAUGUAGAUAUGUCCAUGGACAUGAACUAUGAUCUAAAUCAGGGGUUGGAUUCCGAACUGGAUUUGGAUGGCUUCACAUUCAAGUUACUACAGCCCCAUCUCACAGCUCUUGAAGGCUUUUCUCAACCCAUGAUCGAGACCAUUGAACAAACGAUCCAACAACGCUGUCAGGAUGUCCUCACCCUCCAUUGUAACAACACCCCUAUGGCUUUUCCCCCCGCUGGCUUGACGGAUGUAUCGUUGUCACCACUAUUAUCUACGAAAGUGACGUCUGGGUCUCAAUCUCAAUCUCAAUCUCAAUCUCAAUCUCAAUCCCAAUUAUCGCUUUCUGAUUUGAUCUCAAACACUCGUCAGCAGCUCCUUCAUUUAAACAAGGCCAAAGAAGACUGUAUUGCCUUAGAUCAGGAGAUCCAGAACAAAGCUCAGGAACUCUUCAACACGCUUCAUUCCUCAAUUGUUCUCCUUUGGGACAUCAUUACCGAGUACUUGGUCCAAUAUCAUUUAGAGCAGGAGCAAAAAGUCUUUAAGGAUUAUUUCUCACAGAUGAUUGACUCUGUCACUUUAAAAUUGAAAAUCUUGAAAGUGUCUGCACUAGAACAUACUUAUAACAAAGAUACAGUAACCCAAGCGAUCCAAGUCCGUGAGAUUCUUGAUCGGAAACAACAAUCACUUGAACAACAAAUUCAACAAAAUUCCAUAUUGCUUCAGAGAUAUCAAAGCGCAGGGGAUGAAUUCAAUAUGAUUGUAAAUGCAUACACCGAGAUCAUGGAUCGUAUUCGCCUUGUUCAAGACGACAUCCGAAGACUGCAACAGUAAUAUAAAAAAAGGCAAAUAAAAUUAAACCAUGUAGGAUU